CCUCAUUGGUCGGAUGCAGGCUCGUCCAGAGACACGUCAAAACGACAGGCUGUGUAAUGUCUUUACUUUUGCCGCCACGCGCUUCUGUCGCAUUGACCGUGCGUAAAGACCGAAGGCAGGACGCGCAGCGCAAUUGGGAUAGAAACUCCGCUCUCCAACGUUCCAAGUUACUUUAACCUCUCCCCGUUUAGGAAAUUACAGCCCUACAAUCUCCAAUGAAGAUUUCGCUUAUUCCGUCAAGUUACUAUCCGUGAGAAUUCGUUUUUUUCGCCAUGAGCUGCUUGGAUGUUAUGUAUCAAGUGUAUGGUCCACCACCUCAGCCUUAUUUUGCCGCAGCGUAUAGCCCAUAUCAUCACCAGAAAUUGGCAUUUUAUUCCAAAAUGCAAGAAGCGCAAGAGAGCAUCAGCGGUGGCAGCUCGUUCUCAAACCUCCCUGGGCCGACGAUAAAGGAGGAAGACUGCGCGCGUGAGAAAGAUCACCCUCCCGAGGCGGAGUACCUGAACUCGCGAUGCGUGCUCUUCACCUACUUCCACGGGGACAUCAGCUCCGUGGUGGACGAGCACUUCAGCCGGGCCCUCAGCCAACCAACCAGCUACGUCCCCGGGUCAGCCAGCAACAAGUCCGCACGAGAUGGAUCAUUCCCGAUGAGCCAGAGGAGUUUCCCCCCAUCCUUCUGGAACAGUGCGUACCAGCCCUCGUCCCUGAGCAGUGCCUUAGGAUCCUCCUUCUCAGAGAUACCCUUCCCUGGGGACUCCUACUCCUCUGCCUCCCUACACAGCCACCUCCACCAGGCCACCCCAGAGCCCUGGCACCACUCACACCACCACCACCACCCUUACUCACUCGGCGGGGCCAUCGGCACCCAGGGCUCCCCCUACCCUCGACCCAGCAUGCACGAGGUCUACGGCACGCACUUUGACCCCCGCUACAGUUCUCUGCUGGUGCCCUCUGUGCGGCCACAUCGGCUCCCUCCAUCCGCUGUCCCCGGGCCCAGCGCCUCGCCGUGUGACAUUGGGAAGAGCGAGUCAGCCAGCUCAGCCUGGACCGGGGCGUUCACAGGGGCAGGGGCAGACAUCAGCCAGAGCAUCGGCCUCAAUGUGGACGCAGAUUCUAAUCUCACUUGCAGCUCGAUGCUACACCCUCUGUGGCGGAAACAUCCUCAGCUGAAAUUACUCCAUUGUGGAUACUCUACUGGAAAUGCAGUGGACAAGGGAGAGAAUCUAAAACGGAGACUCUCCUACUUAAGAGAAAGGAGGGCAAAAACCAUGCAGGACUUGCUUGCCAGAAAUGCUCAGUGGUGUGACUGACAAAUGUUAUCUGGCCAAGACUGAACGCUUUCAACUCCUCCAAAGAGGAAACGUAUUAAAAAAUAAAAAUAGAGUGAAACUGGAACAUAACAAAUUAGAUUUGACGAGAGCAUACUCAAAGACUGGAGAAACACUAUUUGCUAUUGUGCUUUUAUUUAUCCAUGAAAGGAGAGGAGCAAGAGAGAGGAGCAUUCUCUAACAUGACUGAAGUGAGCAGCGGCUAUUUGAAGCCAUUUGACUCUAUGUUUCUCCCCAGCAGCUGUCAACGACAACUGUUUCAGAACUCAACGGACACACACACAAUCGUACUGUCACUGCACAGUGUUUGACCAGGGGCUCUGGACUUCAUAAAAGGAGCAUUUUGUCAAAUCUGGACCCCGACCCACAGGGAACAACUGGUUUGACUGGUGAUUUUGAGGUGCGGGGUGGACAGGGGGUAGCAGAAGUGGACACACACAACUUUGCUAUGUAUGUCUGUGUGCCAUAUCUGUGCAGUGCUACAGUAUAUGUGAGAAUGUUGCAUUAAAUAUUUGGAUGUUUAUGUACUUAUUCCUCAUUGUUUUUCAGUCAUCCCAGGUAUAAAGCAAAGUCAAACAGUCAUUAUCCGUGGUAUAUUGUAUUGUGAACACAUUAAUAUAUUGCCUUUUAAAGUAUUUUUUCUUGAUACAGUUGUGAUGUAAUGUCAAUGUGUUGUCUGCCUCGGCCUGUAACUAUAAAGCAAUGGCACAAUGUGAUUAAAACUCAACUAUAGA